AUGCUGUUUCUUGCGCGCGAUGGCAUGCGUGGCCAGUUGGUCGAUGUGGAGACGCCGAUGGUGCUGCGCAGCUACGCGAUUGGUGAGGUGGCGAGAAACGCCUUGGCUUACUCCCCCAUUAGUCAAGCGGUCAUAGCGCACCAGACACGCAACUGUGCUCUUUUUCUUUCUGCAGCGACGCAGCAGCCUCUUCAGCGCAGCUUCACGCCGGAACUGGUCACCUGCUGUGCAGUCACUCGGUGUGGCACUUUCCUAGUUGCAGGCACAGUGAAUGGCACCAUCCUUCUGUGGAACCUGCAGUCUGGCGAACUCAUCAAGAGCUACAAGGGCCACCUGCGUGCGGUGCACUGUGCUGCGAUCUCAGCCGAUGACUCCCUCGUCGCGACUGUGUCCGAGGACUCGGUGUGCAAGGUAUGGAAUCUGGCAACACUGGCCUCACUUCGAAUGCGCGAGAUCGUGCCAAGGUGCGUCUUCACCGGCCACUCACUCGCCGUCACCUGCUGCACUUUCCUCCACCACUCAAAUGUGCUUCUCACCGGCUCCCGAGACCGCACCUGUCGUCUUGUGGAUCCCCACACAGGAGAGCAGUUCCGCUGCAUCACUGUCGGUGAUGCUGUCACCGCGAUCACUGCGAGUCUUGACGAUGCCUCAAUCGUCGCUGGCACACAAAAGGGAUUCUUGUUCUUCAGCGAGCUUUACGAGCCUUCCGCCGGGCUUGCCAUCGAGCCAGAGAGAACUGGUGAACACCUAGAGACGAUCUUGCGACCACCCAGCGCAGAUGGCCAUAACUCUCCGAUUAUUUUUCUGAAGUGCCUGUCGUCCACGCCGUCGCUCGUGCUCACCGCCAGUGAAGGUGGCGCCGUUCUGUCGUUCGAUAUCCAAAGCGGGCGGCUCAUAAAGGAGUGCGUCAGCCCCCAAAAGGGCCGGCUGCUGGGCUGUUGCGUGGUUCCGCGAGCUGCCCUGCUUGUAAGAGGGGCAUGUGCGCCGCUGGAGAAGAACCCUGUCGAUCCAUCGCGAGGCAACUAUCACGUCACUCAGUGCGCUCUCGCGAUGCGCCAAGUCAAACGUGGCGAGAAGCGGAAUCGAGAUGGCUGUGCAGUGCGACUUGGGCCAGAUGACGAGGCGGAUGCUAAUGCUCUAGCAGAGGUUCGUGCUAAGGUAAAGGAGCUGUGCGAUCUUCGUGCGCAGCUCGAGCGCCGACUACGCAAGCUUUCUGCUGAGAAACGCCACUGA